UUGACUGCUGCGGAACCCGGUUUCAUUGUUUAGUUGUGAUUUUUUGGGCAAUCGACGGAGAUGGUUAAAUUUAGAGAUCCGAAAUAUUUUCCGUUCAGUUGCGGAAGGUGAUGGUAGAGGUGUAGUAUUGUGUGUUGGUGUAGUGUUUUUGUUAGAAAGGUAUAACGACAAAGAUGAAGAUGACACAACAAUGAUGUGCUGCAUAUCAGUUUUUUUUUGUUUUUGUGUGAAAUCAUAAAUACAUAAGGAAAAUAUUUUUCUCCCUGUACAUAAAGGAUAUUAAUAUUCAUCUGUUUUGUCGCGAUUUUCAUUAUUUCCGUUUCAGUCAACAAGCGGAUUUGCUGAUGUGAACACACGUUAACGGUCGUGAAAUAAAAUCGUGAAUAUAAAUUAACUUUUAUCUCUUUACCUUGAAAAAAAUAAAAGUGAUAUAAGAGUGAUUUGUGGAAUAUUUUUGAAAAUAGUGUAAAUUAAAACCGGAACAAUAAAACUACAUCAAAAGGAUAGAAAUAAGGAUUUAUAUAAAUCAGAAAAACAUAAUAAACAAUUUUUUGGAAUACUUAACAACCAAAAGGAGAAACACGUUAUAGUUGGAUAAACUAAUCUGGAACAGGUGUUGACCGCAAUUAAAAAAUUUAAAUCGCAUCAGUCCGUAUGAGUGAGUGAGCAGUGUAAGACAGAAUAAUAUUAUAAUGCUGCAAAAUCCUUCAAAAUACCAUCCGAAUCCUUUAUCGCACUUUUUGGCCUUACAUAAUCCUACGACAGUGCAAAAUGCACAACAACAACACCAGCACCCACACAUGACCCAUAAUCAGCAUGUGAUAAGCAAUUCGCCGCACUUGGAUACAAAUACGUCCUUGGAUGUUGGUAAAUCCUUUACUAUAGCAGCUAUAUUGGGAUUACAGAAGAGUGCAAUUGACAAUAGCCGCAAGGACUAUAACAGCGUCAUGAAUUUAUCAAUAAGCAAUUCCAGUCAUACGAAUCACCUGCAUCAGCCAAAAAAUGUUCAUUCGGAAAACAGUAUGAAUGUUCAAAUGAAUAAUAGUGCAAGUGUACAUAAAUACGAGUGUGAUACUAUGAAUUCAGUGAAUAGUGUAGUUAAUAGAUAUUUGCCACAGUCAUCAGUUGCGGAAACGAAUGAAGCAGUUCAAAAUGGAGCAGGACACAUGCGGCUGAAUGCAUUUGGUCAUCAUGCAGCUGCUGCGGCAGCUGCCUCUGUGGCUGCGGCGGCAGCAGCCGCUAAUGCUCCAUCCGCUCUGCAAAGUCUCCAGCAAUUGCAUCAACAUCACGCUCAGCAACAAGCUAAUUUAGGCUUUCAGCGGGAGAAAAUGAAAAGUGAAAGCAUUGGCAAGAAGUCCACAUUGAAAAACAAACGAGUGCGCACAAUAUUCACACCCGAACAACUAGAAAGACUAGAGGCCGAAUUCGAACGACAACAGUACAUGGUGGGGCCAGAGCGACUGUAUUUGGCGCACACCCUUCAAUUGACUGAAGCCCAAGUGAAAGUGUGGUUCCAAAAUAGAAGGAUAAAAUGGAGAAAACAUCAUUUAGAAAUCACCCAACAGCGGUUGGCACUCCUUCGGCAGACACAAAUGCCUACGGGAAACGAGGAUGAAAUCAAAAAUAAUUGCGAGGAAAUAAGACAAAUAGGAAGCAAUCGACAACCAUCUGAAUCUGAUCUUUCGGUUUGCAAUGAUUCAAUGGAUGGUGAGAGUGUAGCUGAAGGAGAUGAUUCAUAAACGAAUAAGCUCUUUCACGCUACAAUAAUACUUCAAAUAAAAAGCAUUUUUCGGCAUUGAUAAGCACAAUUUCAAAUAAGCACAGGGUGUAAUUUAAUUUUAAAUAGAAAAAAAAAACUAUUAAUUGUACAUAAAUGAUAUAAAAUAUAAGUUAUAAUU